AUGCACCUCCAAACCCUUCUCCCCAUCCUCCUGACCUCCGCCUCCCUCGUCGCUGCAUCACCGAAUGCUGCUGCGCCGGCCGCAACAACAGCAGCCAGCGCGGGGGACACAGCGCAGUGCGCGAAGAGUAUCCUGGACGCCUGCCUGAAACAGCUCCAACCGCAGAUGGACGCCUGCGCGCAGAACGACUGGGAUUGUCUGUGUACGCAGAGUCAGAACGUGUUGACUGUGGGUGUGUGGUGGGUGGGGCCGGGUGCUGGAUACCGUACAUACAUCUAUAAGCCCACCUACCACCCACCACCCGCCAAGACCUAUACGCCAUACCGCAAUCCCAAACCAAAAGAUUAUCCAGCCCUACACUCUCCACUACUUACCCUCCAUACAAAGCUAACCCUUUCUCGCUCUCUCUCUCUGCCUAAAAGCUGCUACAACGACUGCCCCUCCGACCCGGGCCGCUACACCGUCACCCAGCAACAGGUGCCCUACUGCAACGCGGCGCAGGCCAACUCGCUGCUAUACUCGACCUCCACCAGGGUGACCAAGACCUCGUCGGCGACCAAGACGAGCGCGCCCACCACCACCGCGGCCAAGACGACCGCCGCGUCGGCCACGGCCACGGCGCUCGAGUCUUCCGGGGCGGCGGCCGGUGCUGGAUUGGAGCUGGGGUUGGGGGUUGCGGCGGUGGUUUUGGGGGUGUGGGGUUUUUAA